UUGUACUUCCUGUCUGUCACAGCGACUUCCGCAGAUGGAUUGGCUUUUGUUGUGCAGUGACUGAAAGGGCGUGCGUUCAUGCACGAGCACUUCAAACCGCACUCGUGAGGAAAAAAAGGGAGUGUCGGCGCAUAAAGCAACGCCAACCAUCCACAAAGAUUCAUACCUGAAGUUUGCAUCAAAGGUUGCUUUGGACAAAAGGUUGCAAAUCCACAUUCAGAAUGAGUUGCAUGGAGCAAGGCGACGCUGGGAAGUUUCUGGAGAGGUUUCUUGAGGAGUUUGUAAACCCACUUGGCCCAGAGGACCCUCUUCCCGUCGCUCCACUCAGCCGCAAAGUCACCAUGCAGGAGGUGAAGGGAGAGAGUCUGGAGCUGGGCCUGCGACUGCUCUCAGCCAGAAAUGCCCCGUCCUGGCUGGGUGCAGCGAUGUGCAAUGCUGCCGUCACUGAAUUACUUAAAGAUGACCUUUCACCUCACUACUGCCCCAAAGAUCCUGAACAGCAACCAGAGGAUGAAAAGGAAGUUGUUUUGUUACAGUCUGAGCCAUUGCAACGCCUCUUUAUCAAUAACUUGAGAGAGGUGUGUUUGGCCUGGCAGAAACAGCUGCCCAGUCCCGAGUCGUCCUCAUCAGAGACGCACAGCUGCUCCGUUCACGCCAUUCGUAACACUCGCAGGAAGAUGGAGGACCGUCACAUCAUCCUGAGAGAGUUUAACCAGCUUCUAGGACUGCAGGAUGGUGUAGAUCGAGAGUAUUACGCUGUGUUUGAUGGACACGGAGGGGUGGAUGCUGCCACAUAUGCUGCCACUCACCUGCAUAUCAUACUGAGCCAGCAGGAGGAGCUUAAAAGUGAUGCUGCCACAGCCUUCAAAAGCACCUUCACACAAACAGAUGACAUGUUCAGAAUCAAAGCUAAGAGAGAGCGUCUGCGCAGCGGCAGCACUGGUGUGGCGGUCUUACUGACCUCUGAUCACCUGACCGUCUCCUGGCUGGGCGACUCGCAAGCUGUGCUGGUUCGACAGGGAGAACCAGUGACCCUAAUGGACCCACACAAACCUGAGAGAGAGGAUGAGAAGAAAAGAAUCGAGGAUCUGGGUGGAUGCAUUGCAUUCAUGGGUUGUUGGCGGGUAAAUGGGACCUACGCUGUUUCCAGAGCAAUAGGUGAUUUUGACCAGAAGCCGUACGUCUCUAACGAAGCUGACUGCUCCUCGAUCCAGCUGAACGGAAGUGAAGAUUACAUUCUGCUGGCUUGUGACGGCUUCUUUGACGUGGUUCGGCUGGGGGACGUCCCGGGGCUGGUCCUGGAGGCCCUGAGGGAGACCGGAGGCUCGGGGGACGAUGUGGCCCAGACUCUGGUGGCCCAUGCUAAAGCUGCCGGAUCCAGUGAUAACAUCACGGUUCUCUUGGUGUUCCUCAAGGAUCCUCUGCAGCUUCUGACCUACGAGACGAGUUCCAGAGCAGAGCCUGGAGGAGCUACGGCUGCAGCCACAGAGAUCUGAAAGGGGUUAAUAGGAAGAAAUUGUCCAUGAUAGAAGCAAAUCAGAGGACCAAUAGCAACUGAUGGUCUUUUUACCAUCUGGAAUGAUGUUUUUAAAGUUGUUGCAUUUGAAAUGAAUAUGCGAUUGUUGAGGUCAUCCGAAACGAGUCGAGUCAUGCAUUCAGAAAGAAAGCAUCGAAUGCAGGUGAAAGGCAUUUCCUCAUUUUUUCAAGAAUGUCUGAUAUCUGGUCAUUUAUUAACUCUGUUUGUUGCUACGUUUGAACUUGCCUUCACUUUUAAACAUGUUUCCAACUAUUUGCCUUGUUUUUACCAGCUUAUAUUUACAUUUACUGGUGCUUAAAGAAAUAGUUCACCUAAAAAUAACAAUUCUGUCAUCAAUCAAUUAGUCAUUCCAAACCUGUAUUACUUUCUUUCUUUUUCUGUGGACCUUAAAAGAAGAUAUUUGGUUGGUAGAAGAGUGUACAAUGCGUUUCCCAUUGAUGUCCAUUGUAUGCAGUAGAAGUCAAUGGGAACCAAAUCUGUUUAGUUAACAACAAACUUCAAAAUAUCUUCUGUUGUGUUCAAUAGAAAACAAGAAAUACAUACAGCUUGGAAACAACAUGAGGGUGAGGAAUUAAUGACAGGAUGUACAUUUUUUGGUGGACUAUUUCUUUAAUAUCUCAUAAUAUACCUUGCAGACAUGCGUAAAGCGUUUCUUUUUUUCGGAGUGUAUUUUGUUGGUCGCGCUUCCUAUUUGAUACGACUGUUACAGUGGAGUGAAAACCGAUGUGAAUAGUCUUAACACAUACAGUAUUGCGUCGCAUUUCUGACCACACUGGCUUCGAUAAUGAAAUAACCGACCAUAAGGCCUUCAGCUCUGUCAGCAGAUGUACUAAUCCAGUGUUGUAGGUGGUUAGUAUUUGUAAGACUUAUUUAUUUGACAAAAAAGUAUUUAUGGCUGUACUGUUCUGUGUAAACACGCUCUUUCAUGUGCCAAAACUGUAUUUACGAGUCUGACUUUGCCAAGAUCGUCUCUCUAUUGCUGCAGCUUUUCACAAAGCAGUUUUUCUAAAUGUACAGUAAACCUUUAUUUAUGCAUAAUUCAUAUUCGUUUUGUUACAGUGCCUUUUCCCCCAAAUAUCAGUGUUAAUGCUGGCGUGUGCGUGGUGGUGUUAUAUUAUCAUAGCCAGACUUUGCAAACAGCAUGUCCUGCGUGCUGCAAGUCGUCUCACGUUACGGCCGCUCAAUAUUUUGAAAGCCUCGUGACGGGUAGCCGAUAUAGCAGCACAGUCACUAUAAUGUGAUAAGGCCAAGAAUAUCGCCAACCUAAUGGAUACCGAAUGAGGAAGGUGAAGACAAGAGCGAUUUGGUGUUUUAAUAUGGGGAAAAUGUCUCAUUUGGUUCAGUAUAAUGCAUUCUAUAUUUGAAUAAAAGAGUGCAAAUGUC